AUGAAUAGCAUCCCAUCAAGGGAAGCAUCCCAUCAAGGAAAGAUAGCACCUCGUAAAGAGGAGGUAAACAGCAUCCCAUCAAGGGAAGAGAGCUAUAAUAAUCCACUUGUAUCUUAUGACCGAAUUGCCGAUUUAGUAAAAAGACCAAGAAUUCGUGAACUAGAAGGUGGAAUAUGUUUUACUAAAGUUAUGAAGGUUAUUUCUCAACAGAAGUUUUAUGUCACUACUGUAGGAGAACAAUGUAGGAGAAAACAAAGUUGA